CUACAAACAGCACUUUUACUGUAAAUUUCUAUUAAAACGGUACAAUUCAAAUUCUAAAAGUCACUUUCGCUCAAUUUCGUCAGAAAUCUCACUUUCGUAUUUUAGGCAAACCCCGGCAGGAGACCUUCAAUUAUAAAGGAGCAUGGCUUCCUCGGGUCAAGCAUUUCCAGUGUCAACACAAGGAUCAGGAGUAAUGUUAUCUAAUCAAGGUGUAACAAGCAGUUUUGGUCAGCCACCAUUUUCACAAUCCCAGCCCUCACAAAUGAACAGCAUUCAACAUCAACAGUCAUUCACCGGCCCAAGUUCUUCAACUACAACAGUACAGG